AGUGAGGGAGUAUACAGACAACGACAUACAAGACAGAAGAACAGCAAAAACAUCAGGAAACAUGAAAUCGUUUGACAUUCCUCUCUUCGGCCUUCUCUUACUCUUCAGCGUUCAGCUCACAGGCGCGUUGCCGCUACAAAACACAGCCUUAACCACCGAGGACAUGGAUGUCUUAAAGCUUCUUGUACAGCGGCUGGAGGAGUCCAUUCCCGCUUCUUCUGAAGAGCAAACACUGACGAAAGUGGAAGAAGAGGAGGCUGAUCAUAAAGAAACCCGCGUUGAACCUCAACCCAAGGCUGACAUGAGAGAUUAUCUGUCUGCUCGGGACUUGAGGACAGUCCGGCAAGACACCAAGAGAUACUCCGGGUGUUUCGGGCGCAAACUGGACAGGAUCGGCUCCAUGUCGUCUCUGGGAUGUAACACCGCUGGGCGCUCAGGUUCUAAGAAGUGGUGAAGUCUUAAUGAUUAGGAACUUCUACACUGUAAAAAGUGAACAUUCAGUACACUGAAGAGUUAUUUCUACUUGAUCUGACCUUACAAUGACUUUUGUUGGUGUGACCUAAAGUGUUCAGGUUGUUUUAGUCAUAUUAAAUUAUAUUUUUGACAUCAACAGAAAAUAAGAUGUUACUAUCGAAGCACAUUUUUAGGUUACCUGACAAAAUAUUUUUUUACGGUGUUAUUAUCUAUGACUCCAAAAAAUGUUCUUAACCAUGCAUAUUUAUUUAGAUAUUUAUUAAAUUGUUUAAAUAGUCAAUUUAUAUAUUUGUAUGCAUAUUUAAUUGAAUUGUUAUUCAGAUCAGUUGUAAUAAAUGUUUACACAUG